UGUGACCGGUGUGACCAGUGCGCCACCUACCAAUCUAGUUAAAAUGUCAAGACGUAAUGUCUCUAUGGCAGACAAACACAUUUUAGAUCUCUUUAGGAAUCAGACAUUUUAGUGUCUGAUGAUGGGGGUAGCCAGAACUAAAAACAGACUUCAAGAUAGUCACUUACCUUGUGAGGGUGAGGUUGUGACUGACAUGUGGAAAUACCAGUUGUCUCAGCUGUGUAGCGGUGCAAGAAAACAACACAGCCAAUCGUGAAGCGGGAGGCGUUAUCUAUUCUGAACGAAUGAAUGUGCUCUCCAUGCAUGCAUGUGUGUGGUUUGCUAGAACUUGUUCGCUAUCGUGAAUAACCUUUGUGUGUGCAUUCAAUUAGCUGGCUAUCCAGCUAGCUAAUUUCAAUUAUGCAGGCUGCUAUGGAGAUCACGGCUCGAUUCUGCCAUAAAGAGAUGGAAGAGUAUGGAGCCUGUGUAUCCUCUAACCCAUCAACAUGGCAGGAGAAGUGCCAAGAACUCAAACUUAAAGUGGCACAGUGUACAUCCUCACACCCAGUGAUUCAGAAGAUCCGAACCGACUGUGCUGGAGAGUUUAUGCAGUUUGAACGUUGCCUGCGAGAGAACCAGUCUUCCGCCCAGGCCUGCUCACCACAUGUGGCCCGCUUCGUAGUCUGUGCUGAGACAGUUGACAUUAGUGCAGUUGCAGCAGAAGUACCUCAACCAUCAUAAGAGCUGCAAGCACAGCUUUAAAAAUGACUUCAGUGGUGUCCCCCAAAAACUGGUGCAUUUCAUGAACUGUUUUCUGUUCAACACUUCUGUAAUGUGACGACACCCACUGCAGAGCAUCUCAGCAUUCAUUCAAACAGCAGUUGUUUGCACAACCACAUUUACACUCUCUACAAUGAGCCAUGCAUUUGUUUAUUUUAUACUGACUGCUCUAAAAGUAUUGAUUUCAUAAAAUAAUGUGUCAGACCUUGCAAUAAAUGUAUUUUAUACAUAAAAA